AUGCAUCGGCUUCAGACACCCCACCUGGGCCCAUGCUAUGUGGAGCACCCCAGAGCACUACCAUCCAUUCCAGGCUUGGCUCCACCCACCUGGCCAAGGCACCACUGUGCUGAGUACCUUAAGACACCCUCAUUUGCACCCAGUUCAGCUUCAGCAAUUUUGCCAGAUCACCCUCAGUGUGGAAAGCCAGGACACCCAGGACUGUACCUGAUUCAGGUUCAGCUGUCCUGCCAGGACACAUUUUUCAUGGAGAACCCCAGGAUCACAACAACCCAUGCCCAUUUUAGCUUUAACAGCCCUCCCAAGAUGCCCUCGACACCAAGCAUCCCAAGACCUCUCACCCUGUACCUCAUUUCAGCUCCAGCCACUCCUCAGGGCACCCUCUGUUCAGAGAAUUCAGGAACAACUUGGUUUACAUCCACAUCUGCUUCAGUUAUCCUGCCAAGGCAAGAAGUAAACAUCAGAACAAAUGAUAAUUCCAUAUCAAUCAAUGAAUCAAGCAGAAGAUUAUGGAAUCAAGAUUACUUUACUUUGACAUUUCCCAAACCACUCCAGCCAGGUAGAAAAAAGAGAUCAAGACCUUCAGAAUCACAAAUCUCAGUUCCUAGACAUGACAAAAGAAAAUUAGAGGAAGUUUGGAAGCCAGCUCAUAUAAGGAUAAGGCAUUCUUUAAAAAAAUUUUCCCAAAGGCCAUCUGUUUACUUAACUGUCAGGAGACAGGCUCCAUUCAGAAAUCCUUAUACUCUUAAAGCCCAUCCUGAAAAUGGAGAACGUAAAAAGCCCAAAGAUGACAAAAAAGGAAGAACUUUGCAGAGAAUUUCCAAGAAAAGCAAAGGCCUACAUGAAACAACUACAGAAUCUAAAAUGGUAAAUGAUGAGAAACCUAAAAGAGGAAAUAAAGAAGAUAAAACUCCAUCAAAGUUAUCACAUAAAAGUGAGCUAUCUAAGGAUUCAAAGUACAAAUUAGAAAUAAAUCCAGAAUCCAAUGAUUUUAAGGCAGUCUCAAUGUAUCCAAAAAAAGAUAAGAAAGAUUCAAAGAUUUCCAAGGAGACAUAUAAUGAAUUCAUAUGUGCAAAGAAGGAUUCAAAGGGCUCAAUGAAAAAUUCUGAUACCAAAUCACAGACUUGCUCAAAAAAUAUUUCAAAUAUGGAUUUCAUACUGUAUUUAGAGGAGUCCAUUGCUGAAUCCACAAAAUGUGAAAUGUGGUUAAAGAAUUACUCUCAGAAUAAUUCAAAGAAGCCUUCGAAGAAGGACACAAAAAAGGAUGCAAAGAAAACCUCUGAUGCUGAGUCUGUAGACUCAAAAGAUGCAAAGAAAGAUAAGAAAGGUGUAAAAAAAGACAACAAGAAGAAGGAUGCAAAGAAAGACACAGAGUCUACUGAUGCAGAAUCUGUAGACUCAAAGGAUGCAAAGAAAGAUUCAAAGAAGGCUAAGAAAGGCUCAAAGAAAAAUGACAAGAAAAAGGAUACAAAGAAGGAUGCAGUGGCUACUGAUGCUGAAACAGAGUCUGAAUUGGAGACAAAGAAUUUGAAAAAAUUUGAAAAGAAGGAUAAGAAAGAUUCAAAAAAAUAUAACAAAAAAAAGGAUGCCAAGAAGGAUGUAGUGUCUACUGACACUGAUUCUGAAUCUGAAUGGGAUUCAACAAAGGGCAAAAAUAAUGAAAAAAAGGAUAAGAGAAAUUCAAAGAAAGAUGACAAAAAUAAGUUUGCAAUGAAAUCUGAAGAGUCUACUGAAACCGAAUCUGAUUGGGAAUCAAAGAAGGAUAAGUACAAUUCAAAGAAGACUAAGAAAGAUUCAAAGAAAGAUGCCAAGAAACAGGAUGCAAAGAAGGGCAUAGAGUCUACUGAUGCAGAAUCUGAUGAAUCUUCCAAGAAAGACUCAAAGAAGCCUGAGACAUUCAAAAGCUCAGAUGCUGAAUCUGAAGAGUCACUAUAUAAACUUGGCACUAAAAAGAGAGUUGCUGAUGAAUCAGAUGCCACAUCUACAGAUUCAAAGAAGAAAGCACUGGAACUGAAGAGAGAAUUCAAAACGGCAUCCAAAAAGACCACAUUCAAAGAAAAAGGGAAAAAAACAGGUACAGGUAGAGUCCCUCCAUCAAGAGAAAGACCACCACUACCUCCAUGUGAGCCUUUGCUACCAUCACCCAAGUUCAAACGUCUCUGUCGGUGUCAGAUGCCUCCUGCACCUCAAAAACCAAGAUAUGCUCCUUUGCUACUGGUCCGUGAGUCCGGCCGGCUCCCUAGUGCAGGAGGCUACUGUUUCCGGGCACCCAAGCGCAGCGGCUCCCUCCCCCUUCCAUUUCUCUUCUGA